UGGCGACUCCGCUGCUAGAUAACUUGAAAGAUGCUGACAUGCUCAGUCAUGACGACUAAGUACUAACACAAAAUAAAUAGCCCCGUACAAGGAAAUUCACCUCUGCAAUGCGUGCUUGGGAGGAGGUAUAUAUAUCCGACGGAGUAUCCAAAGAGACUCAGUUUGCUCUUCACUAGUUGCUCCCUCACCUACUGGCUUCCUCACUGUCGCUCGCUACAUCGUCCCGAGUCAAUCACAAUGGUUGACUGGAAAACCCCAAAGGAAAUAGAAGCAGAAGGUGUCCCUUUCAUCAAGGCAGUCUAUGUCCUAUUUGGAAUUUACAUAUGGGAAAUCUGCACAACUGGCAGAUUCGAGUUAUCUAUAUUCUUGGGUAGGCGCAAGUUGACUUGGCCUUUGGUUUUCUUCUUUCUGUGCCGUUACAGCAUGCUCCUUGCUUUCAUUGGAUUGAUCAUCUUCGUUAAUGUAUCCAUGAAGAUUGAUUGUAAUGCUCUGUACACAUUUACUUUUAUCGCAGGCAAUUUAACAAUUCUAGGUGCCUCCACUUCACUGAUGAUCAGAACCAUGGCGCUUUGGGAGUGGAAACGCCAGGCAGUUCUGUCAAUGCUUGCCCUGUCAUUUGGACAGUGCGCGAUCCUAAUUUGCACCAUAACGACCGUACAAGCAUCAUGGGAUCACCAGGCUAGGGCUUGUGUGGUUGUCAGGACAAACCACAUCCUCCUGAGCCUGAACUACGCCUACACUAUGUCAUUUGACUUUGUGAUUUUGGUGAUGACACUACUCGUUCUGAGAAAACGUUUCAGACAUGAGGAUCUUUCGACCCUUCUCUGUCGCGACGGCUUGGUUUACUUCCUCAUCACAUCGACUUGCAACACCGUUCCAGCCGUCUUAGCUGCUCUCAACCUCAACGGUGAGGGUGCCCGCUGCUACAGUCUCAGCUAUUGCUGCCUGUCGUGUGUUUAUUCGCCUCGAUGCAUAUAACAAAGGCAACGGCGAGAAGGUUCGCAAUAACCCGUCGUUGGUUAAUCACAAUUCCACCUCUCCUUCAGUUAGCCCUAGAAGUCCUACUUCAUCGCCGGGUCCUAUCAGCUUUUUGCCCUUGCCCAGUCCUAAGACAACGAAGCAAGGGAUUCGUGUCACGGGCACUAUGGAUUUGUCUGGCCCAUCACAAUCCGCCAGGAGCAAGUCCCCUUACGAGCGCGACAGCGACCGCACUUCGGUCGACUCCGGGUCAGACUCGAAGUAUCCUGGUCCUCACGGUGACAGGCGUUUGAUCGCUCGGAUUUCACCGUACAUCCGCUUUGGCUCAGCCGUUUGAGUGGAUGCUGGAUACCGCUUUUUGUCACCGU